AUGUACGAGCACACCCCGCUCAUCCGCAGCAGGCCGCAGUUCAUAGGGAACAACGAUGAGAGGUGGUUGAAGGUCUGCGCGUGCAUCGCCACCGUGGUCCUCGGCACGGUGAUCCUGGCGGCGAGCAAGACCGACGGGCCGGGAUCCGCGGUGGUUGGGGGCGUGCCGGGGCUCGGGAGCGCGCGGGGCUGGGCGGCGCGCGGCGAGGACGACGCCGUCGGACGGGUCGCGUCGCGAAUCGCCGCGGAGCUCACGGACGCCUAUCGACGGGGCGAGCUGGGGACGCCGCAGUACGAUCCGAGCUCGCUGUUCUCGCGCGCGCCCGGGCGGCGCGCGCCGGUGGACGAGGUGGACGGGUCCGGCGCGCCCCUCACGCUGCCGUGGCAGCCGGUGUCGUUGGGCGGGCCCGCCGCGGCGUCGCGCGACGUUCGAUGGAGCGCGGGCGCCUCGGGUCCCGUCAUCGAUGACAUCGCCUCGCGCAAGGCGCUCGGCGUCGUCGCCGGGCACGGCCUGCACUGCGACCUCCGCAGCACCCCAUGGCUCCUCAGCGACCUCCACCCCGACGUGCCCGCGGCGGUUUUCGGCAGCCGCGGCGGCGGCGUCGUCGACGACGGCUUGCACUCGUCCCCUGAUCGGUGGAUGGAGACCGCGAUGGGCGAGGACGCGGCUACCUCGAGGGACGCCGAGUCGAGGCUGGGCGGCGAGGACCCGCUCGCGGACGCCCUCAGCGACAGGCUCGGGUUCCAGGCGCAGGGUGGCGACUUCGCCAACGUCGGGUACCACGCCGGGUUCGACGCCGUGAUCGCCGUGGGCGAGUCCAUGUCCACGGCGGCGGCGCUCUGGGGCGCGCUGGAGCAGGCGGAGCGGGACCUCGGGCUCCUCGUUCCGACGGCGGACGCGAACAACCCGAAUAACCCGGGCACGAACGCGAAGCCGCGGAUCAAGGGGCUCGUGCUGACGCUCGUGCCGAGCAUGGGGACGGAGCGCGAGGAGUACUGGAACGAGAUGAUGCGAGUGCUGCGGGCGUCGUACGGCUCCGUGGACAACGCCACGACCACGCUGAGCAAGGACUGCUCGAUCGGGUACGGGUGCAUCCCGUUCGCCAAGUUCGUCGCCGCCAAGCACAGCAACCUGCCGACGCCGACGCGGCUGGCGCGCAUCGCGCAAGCCGGCAUCCCCGCCGUCGUGUUUGGCAACCGCGCGGAUGAGCCGGCGCACCCGGUGGAGAACGGCCGCGUCGUGGCGCAGGCGCUGGGUGCGACGUUUCACGAGGCGAGCACCCACGAGGAGGCGCUCGCGGAGUGGCCGAGGGUCAUCGCGGAUUUCGUGAACGGCAUCGCGCGGGACGAGGGCAUCGUCUUGGCGUCCGGAGCGCCAGACUCGACGACGGACGCGAGCGGCGCGAUCGUCGCGGGGAUGGUGGCGCCGCGGGAUUGGUUACGCGCGUCCAGACAGCUGUGCAGCGGGGAUCCGACCACGACCCCGGAGCUCGUGCACGCGUGCGAGAGCUACCGGAGCGGCGAGAGCGCGGUGCCGCCGGGGGUUGAGGCGGCGGUGGAGGCGGAAGAGGCGUCGCUCGGGAAGGACAAGUACGCGGCGACUACUCCGUUUUAUCGUAGAACCGGUCUGGACGUGAGCGACUGCGUGACGAGCGGGGUGGUGACGCUCGCGGAGGUUAGCGACCUGACGAGCGGGUCGCCGGAUCAGUGGGCGGCGACGAGCGAGGCGAUCGAGGACGUCGAGAGGGUGGUGGACCUCCAGGCGGAGAGGACGUGGUGA